AUGGAAGAUACCUGGUGCCAGCCUGCGGCUAAUAGUUCCGUCAGUCGGAGUGCACGACAAACAAAUGAGUUUUCAGCAACCUUGGCACUGGCUAAAAACAAGCCUACGCCGUCCGGAUCCAGGGGGUUCAAGACCAGGGCACUGGCUGAAAACAAGCUUACGCCGUCCGGAUCCAGGGGGUUCAAGACCAGAACAGAUAUUGUCGACUUCUUAGGUUGUCUUUCUCACACAUGCUAUCGCUAUUCUUCAAAUAAAGUUCAGUUUUGCUGUAAACUUCCAAUGCUUACUCCAGUGACGUUUGGUGGCAGUACACAAUAUACUUAUGCGUACACUAUUCCAUUCGAACGAAGUUCAGUCAACCAAUCGUUCGGCUGUAGCACCCUUUCGGUGCCUAGCUGCCAUGCCAUCCGAAGGAAGCACGAGGGCUGGGAUACUGCCAGGUUGCCCAAGUCUAGACAGGGUUCGGUCAUGUGCAGCAGAUUCUGA